UUGUCUGGACAUUUUCUUUGACUACUACACUUUGAACUAAAAGAGAAAGUACAUUGUCAUAUAUUUCUGGCUUUCCUUGUUAGAGAGAUUGCAUUAAUACUCAGUUAUGGCCGAUGAAGACUGGGCGGCCGAAGUGGAUGAGCAGGAGCGACAGAUAACUGGUCAAGUCAAUCAGCUGAAAAUAGAUAACAGUAAACCUCCAACUGGGACUUCACCUUCUGAAGAAAAGCCAGCAGCUAAAGGGCAAGAAGACGAUGAUGCUGCUGUUGCUGCCGAGUCAUCACUUUUGACGAAACUUUUAAGGAGCAAACUCAUCCAGAACAAGAAUGAAGUUGAAGUGCAGCGAAAUGAUCCCAGUUCACCUCUUCACUCAGUCAAAUCAUUUGAAGAAUUGCCUCUGUCAGAACAGCUUCGCCGUGGUGUAUAUGAUAUGGGCUUCAACAAACCAUCCAAAAUUCAAGAAACAGCCUUGCCGAUGCUUUUAGCAGACCCACCCAAUAACAUGAUAGCACAAUCUCAGUCUGGAACAGGAAAAACAGCAGCAUUUGUACUGUCCAUGCUUAGCAGAGUAGAUGCAACAAAACACUUCACACAGGUGAUCUGCCUUUCGCCAACAUAUGAGCUGGCAUUGCAGACAGGCCAGGUGGCAGAAAAGAUGGGGAAGUUUUGUCGUGAGGUUAAGAUUGGUUAUGCAGUGAGGGGAGGAAAAGUGUCAAGAGGCCAGAAAGUGACAGAUCAUAUAUUGUUUGGCACACCAGGAACCCUGCUUGACUGGAUUUUACGACACAAAGUUAUUGAUUCAAAGAAAAUCAAGAUGUUUGUAUUGGAUGAAGCCGAUGUCAUGAUUGCUUUACAAGGACAUCAAGAUCAAUCUAUAAGGAUACACAAGACAUUACCAAAAGAUUGUCAAAUGCUGCUGUUCUCUGCAACUUAUGAUGAAGAGGUGAUGAAGUUUGCAAAAUCAGUCGUGCCUGAUCCACUCAUCAUUCGACUUCGCCGGGAAGAGGAGAGCCUGGAUAACAUCAAACAGUUUUACGUGGUGUGUCGUGAUAAAGAAGACAAGUUCCAGGCCCUCUCCAACAUGUAUGGAGUUGUGUCUAUAGGACAGUGCAUUGUAUUUUGUCAUGUAAGAACAUAUUCCUCGUGGCUGGCACAGAAAAUGACAGAGGAUGGACACGCAGUGGCGCUCUUAUCAGGCGAGAUUACAGUGGAGCAGCGUAUAGCAGUGCUCAACAGAUUCCGAGACGGCAAAGAGAAGCUACUCAUCACAACUAAUGUCUGCGCCAGAGGCAUAGAUGUCGAGCAGGUAACAGUUGUGGUAAACUACGACAUGCCCGUUGAGCCCACAGGCAAACCGGAUUUCGAAACAUACCUGCACAGGAUUGGCCGGACGGGCAGGUUUGGCAAGAGCGGCAUUGCAGUGAACUUUAUUGAUGGUCAGCGGUCGAUGGGUAUCAUGAAGAAAAUCGAAGAACACUUUGGAAAGAAAAUAUUACUUUUGGAGACCAAUGAUGUUGACGCAUUGGAGAAACUAACGUAAUAUGGUCACUAUUUCAAGUGGUAUUUCAGCUACAAGACAUCGAACUUAUUUUAAAACUUUAGAAUGUUAAGCUCUAGUACAUCAUGUGACUAGGAAGAUCCAUCUAUCCAUCUCUCUGUUAUUUCGAUCUCAAACUCGACAGAAGUUUAACUAAAUUUGUUUAGGUUUCUUCAAUGAGCAAUCGUUCAUUAGGUUACUUUGAAAUUUUUGCAGCGGCGAUUUUAAAUGCAUGCUUUUCAUUUGUUACUAUUUGAGUUUUGUUCACUGAUGGUUCGUUUUGUUCCAAGAAUGAAACGAUGAAGAAGGAUCAGUAUUUAUGACUGUAGCCCGUUAUCUUCGCGAUCAACGUGGUGUACUUUGUUGUUAAAACCAAAUUUCACAAUGUUUAUUAUCGUUGAUAAUUAAUAAAUCUUCCUCCAGCC